UUCCCUUCCUUUUUGAUUCUUUUUCGGGCAAUCCGGCUUUUGUUGUUUUCAAAAGCCUCCGCCCUCGCAUUUAAUCCCCCACCAACGGUUUUCGACCCGUCGACUGUGGGAGGUUCGUUUCGAUCAACACCACCGCCACCGCUAGACAGGCGUGCGCUAUCUAUCCUUAUCUGGUCGGGUUUGCAGCGUUUUAUCGAUAGAGAGUAUUAGAGAAAAGGAAAAACCGCCAUCAUGCCUCCCAAGAAGCAGAGCAAUGAGCCCAAGAAGAAGAAGGCCACGGUCGAGGACAAGACCUUUGGCAUGAAAAACAAAAAAGGUGCCCAGGCCAAGAAACAGAUCGAACAAUUAAGAACCCAGGAGAAGUCGAACAAAUCCGCUGAUGUGAAGCGGAAAGAGGCCGAGAAGGCCCGUCGUGAGGCUGAGAAGAAGGCCGCCGAUCAGGCGAAGAAGGAGGCGGCCGAGCUGUUCAAGCCGGUGCAGGUGCAGAAGAUUCCCUUCGGUGUGGACCCCAAGACCGUUCUGUGUGUCUUCUUCAAGCAGGGCAAUUGUGAAAAGGGAAAGAAGUGCAAGUUCAGUCACGAUCCGAAUGUGGAGCGCAAGGCUGCUAAGAAGGAUCUGUACACCGAUUCCCGAGAUGUGAAGGCCACGGAAGAAGAGAACAAGAAGAAGGAUACGAUGGACGACUGGGAUGAAGAGAAACUGCGCAACGUCGUCCUCAGCAAGCACGGAAACCCGAAGACGACUACUGAUAAGGUCUGCAAGUUCUUCAUCGAGGCGGUCGAGAACCAGAAGUACGGUUGGUUCUGGGUCUGUCCCAAUGGAGGUGACACCUGCAAGUAUAAGCACAGUUUGCCCCCUGGAUUCGUCCUGAAGACGAAGGAGCAGCGUGCGGCUGAGAAGGCCUUGAUGGACAAGUCCCCGCUCAACACCCUAACGCUAGAAGACUGGCUUGAAAGCGAACGACACAAGCUCACGGGCAAUCUGACACCGGUUACCCCGGAAACCUUCGCCGAGUGGAAGAAGCAGCGUCUGGACAAGAAGCAAGCCGAAGAACAAGCCCGCAAGGCCAAGGAAGCCACUGGACGAACAUUGUUUGAGAGCGGUAACUGGCGUGCCGAGGAUGAGAGCAGCGAUGAGGAGGAUGACGACGAUAGCUUCAACCUGGCUGCCCUCCGCAGGGAGACGGAACGGAUCCGGGAACAGAAGGAAGAAGAACGGCUGGCGAGACUGCAUGGGACACCGGUACCGAUUUCGAACGACGAAACCAUUGCACAGGAGGGUGAAGGCUGA